AUGGGGCAGCCGCACUUCUCCAGAGCGCUGAACCCCGCCGCGUCUGCAGAAGAGGUGGAGCAGCCCCCGGCCGAUGGCGUGGGGGUAGAUGUGCUGGAGUCGGGUGACACCACCCCUCCCACCAAGAGGAAAAGCAAGUUCCCCAGCUUCGGGAAGAUCUUCAAACCCUGGAAGUGGAGGAAAAAGAAAAGCAGUGACAAAUUUAAGGAGACUUCAGAAGUUCUAGAGAGAAAGAUUUCCAUGCGGAAGCCGAGGGAAGAGCUGGUGAAGAGAGGAGUGCUGCUGGAGGAGCCUGAGCAGGAUGGUGAGGACCCCGAGAAGCUGAACCCGCCUGCCCUGAAGAACGGCCACACGGUGCCCAUCGGUGGGCCAGGGGUUUGUAACCAGGAGGAGGAGGCCACCAAGCCCCUUGGGCUCAGGAAGCCUGCUCCAGCUGAGGAAUCCAAGAAGAGGCAGGGCUCCUCCAGCAACCACUCUGGGCCUGAGCUGGAGCCACCCCAGGAGCUCCAGGUGUCCAGGCAGCCUCUGCUCCCUCCCAAGAGGCCUCCCUCCACUGGCCAGGAGACAAACGAAGCACAGGGCAAGGAGCCAGCACCUGCCAGCAGCACUGCAAAGCCUGCACCCUGCAGCACAGCCCCCAUGGCAGCAAAGACUCCCAGUGCCACCACUGCCCCUUCCCCAGCCCCCAGGACUCUGCCCCCAGCUCUUGCCAGUGCCAACACAGCUGCUGCCACAAGCACAGCCCCUGCCAAGCAGCCUCCUGUCCCUCCUCCCAAGCCUGUCAACAGGAACAGCUCAGUGCUAGCAGAGCUCUCCCAAGCCAUGGGCACUGCUCCAGGCCUGUCCAAGCCUUCCCCUCCUCUGCCACCAAAGAGAAGCCUCCUGCCCAGCAACACCUCAGAGGUAGCCCUCGCUGCCAAGCCCCCUCAGGAGAGGACGGUGCCAGGCAGCCGCCCCCUGCUGGUGCCCGUGCACAGCCCCCCUGCCUACCCCCCACCCUCACCGCCGCUGCCCACCCACGUGCCCCCCGAGCCUCCCCACCUGCCCCUGCCUGCCGCUGGCGCUGCCGCAGACCCUCCACGCUCCCUGGACCUGCCCAGAGAGACUCCUGAAGACCUCAGGUCCUUGGAGCUGCCCAGGAAGACAGCAGAGCAAGGCCCUGGGGACCCCCUGGUGCUGCCUUGCCUGCCCCCAGUGCCGCUGCACAUCCGUAUCCAGCAGGCUCUGGCCAGCCCCCUGCUCACCACGCCCCUGCCCGACGGUGCCCAUCGGGCACACUCCCUGCUCUUCGACAGCGACGGUGCCCAGGACAAUGCCAGCCUGGGCAGGGCCAGGUCCCUGCCGGUCACCAUAGAGCUGCUCAAAGUUCCAGAUGAUGAGGAGGAGGAGGAGGAGGAGCAGAGCUCGGGCCCCUGUGUGUACAUCGGAGAGGUGCCAGCUAUCACUGUCAUACCUACGCUGGCAGUCCAGGCCCUGCCCGAGGAGCAGGAAGGGGACACAGGGAUGAGCGACUCAGACUCAGAGGGACCCAUCCUGUACAGAGAUGAUGAGGAUGAGGAGGAAGAUGAAAGCCACAACAGCACCUUGGCCAACAGGGUGAAGAGGAAGGACACCCUGGCCAUGAAGCUGGGCAGCACGGGCACGCUGCAGGAGGAGAAACCCUUCCCCCACAAGAGCAGGGAGGAGUGGAACGAGAUCCGGCAGCAAAUCGGCACCACCCUGAUCAGGAGGCUGAGCCAGAGGCCCACAGCAGAGGAGCUGGAGCAGAGGAACAUCCUGCAGCCCAAGAACGAGGAGCUGAGGCAGGCGGAGAAGAGGGAGAUCAAGCGCAGGCUGACCAGAAAGCUGAGCCAGAGGCCGACAGUGGCCGAGCUGCAGGCCAGGAAGAUCCUGCGGUUCAACGAGUACGUGGAGGUGACAGACGCUCAGGACUACGACCGGCGAGCAGACAAACCCUGGACCAAGCUGACACCGGCAGACAAGGCUGCCAUCCGGAAGGAGCUGAACGAGUUCAAGAGCUGUGAAAUGGAAGUGCAUGAGGACAGCAAACAGUUCACCAGGUACCAUCGACCAUAACCUUCCAAGGGAGGAAGCCAAGAGACCUGAGGGCACUGGAGGUUCUCUGCGUCCCUCUCCCAGGCAGUACAGCAAGGCUGAGCCCUCUGCUCUUCCAAGAUUUGCCUUCAAAACAUAUCCAGAAAAGGGCUUUUGGCCAGGGAAGGGGAAUCCUGUCUGAAUGUAGCAUUUCACUGGAACAAACACUUCUCGAGUGCCAUCAGGCUGGGACUGACUCUGCCUGGCACAACUCUGCUCUGCACCCUGCCAGGAGCCCUGCACAAGGGCACGGCCUGGGCCUGCCCCAGCUCCCAGCCCAGCUCUCAGCUCUACCUUCUCCUUCUGGGGAUGCAACUCCUUCAUUUCCUCCUCAAAGGGAGGGGUUCAGAAGAAAACACAAAGGCAGCUCUAGUGUGGGGAGGCUGAGGAGUGCAGAGUGGCAGUGCUGGGGGGCAGCCUGUGCACACAGAGCCUGGCAGCCACCAGCCUGGGCUCAGAGUGGUUUGGGCUUUGCUGUGUCUCUGUGGUGUCCUCCACGUCCUGAAUCACUACUGACCAAUGGUUUGUUGUGCUGGAAGGGAACUGUACAGAAAUCAACAAAUGCUGCAUCCUUGUGUAAAGCAAACCAGGAAAGCCACAGCUGAGCUGUGCAGAACAUUCCCUCACCGCUGGCUCACUGCCACAGGUCCUGGGGCUCCUAGGGUCAAGGAACACAGCCAGCAGCAGUGCCUGCUGCCUUUGAACAGCUUUGUCCUUGGGGAGCUACAAGGAGCGGUGAAUUCUCUUUAGUGUGGCUUCCUCUCAGAGCUUUUUUGCUCUCCCAAACCAGGGUGAAUCUUGCCUAUGCUCAUUUUUACAGCUACACCUAUUGGAAACUUGAGCAUUUCACUGUGUGGGUGGAAGGGAGGGGAAGAUAAGGUUUAAAAAGUGACCUUAAGAAGAUGCUCUUCUGAGAAUGAUCUCAUAUUGGUUCUUCCUAAAUGGGGGGGGGGGGGUUAAAAACACAAAUCUGGUGUUGGCCACUUGCAUCGUGCACAAAGCCCAACCCACGUGGGAGAUGCCACUGAAGGCGAAGCAGAACAAGGGUGUGGGAGUGAAGGAUUUGCCUUGUUCGCAAACCUGCCUCCUCUGUGGCUCUGCUGCCGGGCCUUCAGCCCUGUGCCAAUGCCGAGGCUCAGCACCCCGGGCUGCCAGCACUCCAUGGCCUUGGCCUCAUGAGGGAGAUGGCAGAGGAGCCUUCCCUCACAGCUUCCCCCUGUGCAGUACUCCUGUAAACUAAAUGAUUGCAAUGUAUAUCGGUCUCCUC